UGAAUUUCCCGCCACGGGCCAGCGAUCCCACAAUGCAUUGCGCAGUCCAACAUGGCGGCCCCCGAUGCCAAAGAAACGCUGGUCGGCGCUCUGUGCCGGGUCGCGUCUGUCUCGUCCAAACUGGAGAACUUUCUCAGUGCCCAACCUGACGUAGCAAACACUUUCAAGUCCACCACCAAACAGCUGUACGACUUUGUAAAGCAGAGUGACAACAAAAACAAUGCCCUAAAGGGAACGCUGGCUGAGUUGAUAGUAUCCAACUUUGACGACGAGCAAAUCUGGCAAGAAGUUGAACUUCAGAACGAACCCUUACUUAAGAGACUGGUGAAAGAUGUUGCCAAAGUCAAGAGAAAAGGUGAAACUGUGUCCCUUCUUCCUGAACCAGAGUCAUCAAGUGAAGAAGAAGAGGAAGAUGUGGAAGAAGAUGAGUUUAAUGAGUUUGAAGACGAUGAGGAAGAGAGAACUUUAGAAGAUGAGAAAGAUGAACAUGAACCAGAUGAAGGCUCUGAGUCGGAUCUUGACUUUGACAUUGAUGCAUUUGAGGCCAAAACUAAGCAGAAAAGGUCGGCCAGCCAAGCCAAUCUCAGAAAACCAGCGACUAAGAGUAAGAUUAAGAAAAGGAAGACGGAAGUGGAUGACAAGUUCUUCAGCCUGGCGGACAUGGAGGAGUUCCUGGUCCAGGAGGAUGAGAGGGAGGAGAGGAGGAGGGAUGCAGAGGAGGGGAAGAUGGGGAGGGAUGAGUCAGAUGAUGAUGAUGAUGAAUCUGUGGACAUGUAUGCAGAUGAUGAUGAUGAGGAGGAGGAGGAAGGGAGAGAAGCCACGUACACUGACUUCUUUGACCCACCGAAUUAUGAUGAAGAUCAAGGCACAGCCUCCAAGUCAGGGAAGCAGGCUUCAGGUCGUAAGAGUGUGAGGUUUGAGGAUGAGAUGGGAGAUGAGGAUGAUGGUGAGGAGGAGGAGGCUGAGGAUGAUGGAGGUGACUAUGACUUUGAAGACGUACCAGAAGAAGAGGUCCAGUUUAAGAAGGCGGUUAAGAUGCAGUCCUCCGGUCCCAGAGACCUGCUGGUGGACAGUGAGAGUGAGGGAGAGGACGCACAGGAGAUCCUGGGAGGGAAGGCUGCUAAGGCCAGGUCCAACUUUGAGAAGAGACAAGAAAAGCUGAAGCAGACCAUCUCCCAGCUAGAGGAGUCCAACUUGGCGGAGAAGCCGUGGCAGCUGACCGGAGAGGUCAAAGGUGGUUCCCGCCCGGAGAACAGCCUGCUGGAGGAGGUCCUGUCGUUCGACCAGACCACGGCGCAGACUCCCGUCAUCACGGAGGAGACCACCAUGGCGCUGGAGGACAUCAUCAAACAGAGGAUCAAGGACCAGGCCUGGGAUGAUGUAGAGAGGAAAGUGAAGCCUGUAGAGGAAGCGUUUGAGUACAAGAAGAGAGUUCUACUGGACCAGGAGAAGAGCAAGAGCAGUCUGGCUCAGGUGUACGAGAAGGAGUACCUCAAACAGACACAGGAUGAGAAGAAGGAAGAGGAGAACCCUCAGCACAAGGAGAUCAAGACCAUGAUGGACAGUCUGUUUGUCAAACUGGACGCCCUGUCCAACUUCCACUUUACCCCGAAACCUCCUGCGCCCGAGGUUAAGAUCAUCUCUAACCUCCCGUCCAUCACCCAUGAGGAAGUGGCUCCCACCAGUGUCAGCGAUGCUGCUCUACUCGCACCUGAAGAAGUCAAGGAGAAAAGCAAGUCUGCCGGGCAGGAGAAGGGUUCCCUGGAGAGGACGGCGACGGACCGUAACCGCGAGCGGAGACAGAAGAGGGUGCGGAAGAGGAGGAAACUCCAGGAGAAGGAGAAGAAGCACAAGCUGGUGGAGAAACUCAACCCGGGGCUUGGCAACAAGUAUGCCAAGAAACGGGCCAUGGAGGAGCUGGAGAUGCAGAGCAAACGGGGAGGGAAGACCAAGAUUAUAAAGGACGAGGGAAAGUCCCAACCCCUGAAGUCGUCCAAGGCAUUCUUCACCCAGCUGCAGGAGGAAGUCUCAGAAGAAGUGAAGAAAGCGCGGGGCUCCAAGAACUCCAAGAAGAAGAAGAGAGACACUUCAGCUUCAAAACUCAAGUUAUAGAAUUUAAUUUUUUUUGCAGAAGACUUCAGGAAAACAUUUGUUGUUCCACAUGUACACUUGCAUUUAGUUAUCAACAUUUGUUUUGAAUAUCAUCUUCACUGCAAUGUUAUCUAUAACAUAGAAAUAGUAAAGAAGCAGUAAAAAUGAAUAUAUAUUGCUCAAAUCAUUAAGCAAUCAAAUAACCAACAAACAGGUCCUUGAAAAUCUAAUAUCUUUAUUUGUGCUGAAAUUCUCUGUAUAAAACAAUUUCAUUAUAUUGCACUUUCUUCAAACUAAGAAAACAUUUGAGAUAAAUGAAUCUUUGUUACUUUCUGUUGUACUUAUUACAUGCAUAUUGUAAUAAAGAUCACCAAUGAUGAA